CAUCUUCGAAGGCGACAGUACGGUUUGCAGGAUCUAGCAGACUGCGUAGUGGCACCCAAUGGGUCUCGGCGACUUCGGUGGGCUGCAGUCUGAGUUUGGGGUGACCAUGCGUAGUGACGAGAAAGACGUAGGGGCAGAGUACCAUCAGAGGCUUCUUUCCCCAGUGCGUAGUGACCAUUCGCUGAGGAAGGUUGCCGCACGGGAUAGCAUACUCGGCUAGAUCCAGACCAACUUCUUCCAAUGCCUCUCGAACGGCAGUCGCUUGAUCAUCUGCAUCCUCUGGAUCUCUCUUUCCGCCAGGGAGCGCGAUGUGCGAAGUCCACCGAUCGCCUUUUCGUGAAGCGCGCUUGAUGAAGAGCACUUCUGGCUCACCAUGCUGAACCCAAUCGUGACUGAAGAAUGAGUCGAUGCUGUCUGCUUUCUGAGCUGGGGACUGAGGUGCAGCUGACUCGGGCCAAUGCGCAUAUGACGGCUGAACUCGAAUAACCAGUGCGACUGAAGCGCGCUUCUGGGACUCGGGUGAUAGCAAGACGGGAUAUGGCGAAUCGGUAAGGUCUUUCAGGAUGCGGUGAAGCUGCGGGAUAACACUGGUAGACGGAAUUGCACUCGCAUCGCCAGCAUCGCCGAAGCCCGUCAUACUGUAGUCCUGAGGGGUGAUCGGUGAGGGCGAGAGAGUAAGACGGACUCAGUAGUAACUCGAGGCGCGAUAAGAUGCGGUUACUGCUGAUCAGUCCAACGCGUGCCACACGUCUAAUCCUACAGCUCAAGAGAGAGUAUGGAAACGACGACAGCAUAGCCACUACGAUGUCGAUGUUUAGUUUCAAUUUGAAAGCUCAUGACGACCGAGGCCGAGUCGGCACAGCACGGCACGGCAAUUCAUCGGCAAUUCAUCGGCAAUUGACCGAGUCCUUCACAUGCGCUCAAGCGCUGUGCAUUGCCUAUAUCAUACAAGAUCUUCUGCAGAAUGUCAAAUCCCGCGUAUAA